UAUUCAAAGAUUCUGGAUUUUUGAUGAGGGAGAAGCAAUAGAUGUCAUUUUAACAACUUUUUUUUAACGAGGUAACUGAACAUUUUUCUGUGGCAAAACAUGUCAGACACAGUUUAUUAUUCAAAUUAGGGGAUGUCCUAAAAGAUGUCUGGAGGGGUUCUUUAACAUUUUUAAUGAAAAUUGUUUACUAAAUUUCACUUAUCUGAGCUAAUUUAUUAAUUUAAUUCAAUUUCAAUUCAGUUUUAUUUAUAUAGCGCCAAAUCACAACAAAAAGUCAUCUCAGGGCACACAAAAUUAGCCUAUUUGUAGCGGAUAAAUAUGGGAAUAUUGAAUAAAAGUGUCAACCAUGCCGGCCCCCCCGUGCUAUCUAACUCUAAUUUGAAUAUGACACGGCAAUAAAGCUUUAUAAGUUAGUUGACAGCUUUCCAGCUUGUGUGCUCUGUGUUCGAGGCGCUGUCUGUGGGCUCUACAGGUUUGUGUUGCAGCCUAUAGAGGACACUGUGUUACUGCCUGCAGAGUGAUCAGCUCCCCCCCUUCUCUCGCUCUGUCUCCUCCCAUGCUCCUUCACUUCGAGGACCGGUCUCCGGCUUCAGACAGCGUCUCACCGCAUCUACAAGAUGAACUUCCAACUGUGGAUGUUAUAGAAAGUGAUAUUAUCGGAUAAUUCGUUGUUACAGUUUGUGGAUUCAAGGCAGCGCAGGCUGAUUUGGGUCAGCGGUGCCCGGGUACGGAUCCUCUUCUGCAGCCCCGGCGUGUAAUCUGUGAUGGAUCUGGGUUUCAUAAUAACUUAGCUGUCCCAGACCGGUUAGAAGACACCCUGUUUAUUUAGAUAAAGACAGAAUAAGUGGGGACAUGGACGGGGCGGACGUGAGCCAGCUGUCCGACGAGGAGCUGCUGAUGCAGGGGAAGGAGGAUCUGGUCCGGAGGCUGAGGAGGCUGGAGAGCCGCAACAUGGAGCUGAUGCUGGAGCACGGAAACAUGAUGAAGGACGUGAACCGGAGCCUGCAGGUCCACCUUCACGAGAUCCGGAGUCUGAAGGAGGUCAACCAGAAACUGCAGGACGAUAACCAGGAGCUCCGAGAGCUGUGCUGCUUCCUGGACGACGACCGACAGAAGGGCAAAAAGGUGUCCCGGGAGUGGCAGCGGUUCGGCCGCUACACGGCCAGCGUCAUGUGGAAAGACGUCGGGCUGUACCAGCAGAAGCUGAACGAGCUGGAGGCCAGUCAGGAGGUGCUGAGGACGGAGAACAUGGAGCUGAAGGAGAUCAUCUUCAUGCUGGAUGAGGAGAGGAACGGCGCCGGCUCCCGGAGCUCCAUUGACAGCCAGUCCAGCCUGAACAACCUGAACGGCCCGGUGCCGGUCCGAGACGUCGGGGAUGGAAGUAGCACCUCCAGUACUGGAAGUGCUGGGAGUCCCGACCACCACCACCACCACCACCACCACCACUUGCACAAAGCAUCCGAGGGCAAGAUUGCCUCUUUGAGGAGGUCCAUGGACGACCUGUCCGCCCCUCAGAGAGGAGUCUCCACUGGACUCAGUGAUGCAUCAGCCAGCUACAUCAGACAGCUGGAGAACAAAGUGAGGAUGCUGGAGGAUGAAAACAAGCAGCUGCUGACAGAGGCAAAUGGAGGGGAAGUGAAGACACUGAGGAAGGGUUUGUCUCUUUAUCAUUCAGAAACUCAGCUCCCACAGUUCCAGGACAACAUGCACAAUGGUGCUGCUCGGACCCCCAGUGGUGAACCCUCCCCCACGGGGAUCUUCUACCCCCCAGGGCAGAAACCAGAGGCUGUAGUCCAUGCCAUGAAGGUGCUGGAGGUCCAUGAGAAGCUGGACAGGCACAACUCACAGGAAUACGAUGACGAUCUCAGUGAGAAAGAGAAGGCCAUCGUCAGAGAGAUGUGCAAUGUGGUUUGGAGAAAGCUGGGUGAUGCUGCCGGAUCCAAGCCUUCCGUCCGACAGCAGCUCUCAGGCAACCACUUCAAAGGACCUUUAUAGUUGUUAAACAACAAGAGAAGCCCUGCAAAUCUGUACUACCAGUUUGGACUGGAAGCCUUCAGCAUGGUGUUUUCUCUCUCAGCUGUUGAACUGAGACCUCCUCAGCCUGAACUAAGCAGAGUCAUAAUGGAUGUUCAGUUCAUAGUACUAAAAUGAACACUAUGGCAGGCACAGAUCUGGUGCAACUGGAAACCAAACAGCCAAUAUCAGUGUCUGGAUCAUGGAUAUAGACUGUAUAAAAACUUGUAGGACUUUUUGAAGCCUGGAUUUGGAUUUACCUCUCACCAUCUUGGAAGCGGAAAAUCCAAAUGUGAGAAAUGUGGAUGAAGUUUGGAUGGAGUGGAAAAGCAAAAGGCAGCCACCACAACAUACUGUCAAUCAAUUUAACAUACCCCAAACUCUCUCUUCAAGCCAUGAAAUCUCCUUAACGGCACAAGGAUUCUCUAAUGUAUGACCCAGACAUACACAAAAGGAAACUUAAUAUUGGACAUAUAAAUAUAAAUUUGUGUAGAAAAAGAAUUGACCUGUAUUUGAAGACAGAUUUUGAAGGUUUUCCAAAUUGACUGCAAUUUGGUCAAAGUUUUCAAGAGGUCAUUAGAAGGACUGUAGCUUAAAGCACUUCUGCAUUUGUGUCUUUACUCAGCUGUGGUGGCUGCCACUUUGCCACCUGCAUUGUCCGGGAGGAGUGUUCUUCAGUAACCUUGCAUUCGCACAGUGACUGAUCAGCUCUCCAGGGGUUUCUGUUUGCGUCUUGAGGAAGAAAAGGAAGCUGUGUAUUUAAACAGUCCAUGGGUUUUUCUCUGCUUUAAUAUUUCUUUUCAUAAAAUUAAUAAGUUAGCCAGAGCUUCCCAUCAAAACUUCUAUUUAAUGAAUGGCUGUGACUUAUUGACCAUGUUGUUUACAGUGUGAACGCACAGUGAGAAUUCAGAAAGUCUAUGAAGGACUGAAGUUGACUUCAUCAAAGCCGAGUUUGGUUCAGGUCACCACCUUCACUUUUUGAUUCAAAGUUCACUUAUCAAGUAGCCUAUUGAGGGUUGACUGCCAUAUGCAAGUUAUCUCAUGAACAAAAGUUCAUUUAUCUUCUUUUUUAAAGUUGAUAUUUAAACAGUAGAAGUACACGUAUACACAAACACUACUGGCUCUUGUUUCUGUACCUCCUCUACGUAAAUGUAGUCAAAAAGUGUCAGUUAGCAGUUAAGAAGUGAUUCCUGAAAACUUACAAAUGAGGCAAUAAGGAUUCAUGUUAUGGGUAAUGUCAUACAAAGCAUACAUAAGGACAUGAAAUGUUAUGUUUAGGCUGGCAGUCCCCACAAUACACCUAUCAGUAGCAUAUGAUGAGGUGUGUUUCAGUUCAUGCCGGGGUGAUAUGAAAAAAAUUAACUUGUUAAACUGAACUUGCUGUCUUCUGGUGCUUGAGUGAAGGUAGGAAAAAAAUCCAAACAAACAUAAUAAUUCAAAUAGUCAAAUUGACCAAUUAAAUCAUCAAUGUCCAAACACAAACUAACUUUCACUCAAGUUGUCAUCGAAAGAAUAACACGGUACCUUCAAGAUCUUAAUUUUUAGCCUUAAAUUGGAAGGAUUAGCUCCAAACACAGCGCCCUCAUUCAUUUGAUACCCCCAACAACGCAGAUUUUUGGUCUGAAUGCUUGCUUAUACAGUAUUUUGUAAACAGUAGUCAGCGAUCCUAUGAAUCACCUUUGAUUUGAAUAUACAGUAUUUUAAUUGAUUUACACAUUUCAGGCUAGUGCUGGCAAAACUAGAAUAAAUGCAGUCAUCAAUCUUCAUGUAAGUGUUAACUAGCAAGCUCAUACAGUAAACACGUAAACAAGACUCGUUUACGAAUCAGCUGCUUAUGUACAUUUUUAUUGUGCUAUGACAACUAGUAGCUCUUUGCCUUUUGUGUCCAGUAUGUUUAGUGGAACUGAAGAGCAGCAUCUUUAAACAUAAAACUAGUAGCCCAAAUACUGCGCACACAAUACUAAAACUGCUACCAGUGCUUUUCACGACAGGAAUUUGAUUUAAGAGUAGAUUUUGCAUGACGUGUCCCUCUUCCAAGAUGCUCUAAGGUACACUGACUUCUUGGGAAAUAUGCUUGCUCCUGAUUGACUGAUAUCAAUUUUAUAUGUUUUUCCAGUUCAGAGAUAAGACUGGGAUGCUUUAAGUCUAGCUUUAGCACAAAGUAAGCCUCCAUCAAAAGCAAAAGUGUUUCCAACAUCUACCAAACAGUCUUACUUACAAGCUGUAUCAUGUUAGCUGGGAUGCUAGUACUUAAUGCACUCCACAGUGUUCUGGGUUUUGUUCAGAGUGAUAUGAUAACAGGACACUGCACCCUGCACUCAAUGUACCCAGUUGUCGUUCAAGUAGCUUCACCGCUAACGUCUCCUAAA